GCCAUGGCGCAGCCUCUCCUCUUCCUCCUCGUCGCCGCCGCGGCGGCUGCGGCGGCGCUGCCGUCCGCCGUGGCGCAGGACAUGACCGACGCCGAGGCGCUGAUGCAGCUCAAGAAGUCGUUCACCAACUCCUCCUCGCUGUCGUCGUGGCUCAUCACCAGCAAGGACGGCGACAAGUCGCCGUGCGCGCCGGGGUCGCACGAGUGGCACGGCGUCGUGUGCACCCGGGGCACGGUGACCGGCCUCCGCCUCAGCGGCCUCCACCUCGGCGGCACCAUCGACGUCGACGCGCUCGUCAGCUUCCGCCGGCUGCGGUCCGUCUCGCUGGCCAGCAACAACUUCUCCGGCGAUCUCCCCGGUGUCGACCGGCUGACGGCGCUCAAGUCCAUGUUCCUCUCCGACAACCAGUUCACCGGCGCCCUCCCGGACGACUUCUUCUCCAAGCUCAACCACCUCAAGAAGCUCUGGCUCGACGGCAACCAGCUCUCCGGCCCCAUCCCGGCUUCCAUCGCGCAGGCCACCUCCCUCAUCGAGCUCCGCCUCGAGCACAACGCCUUCUCCGGCGAGCUCCCGCCCCUGCCGCCCCCUGCGCUCAAGGUUUUCGACAUCUCCUGGAACGACCUCGACGGCGUCGUCCCGGAGGCGUUCCGGAAGUUCGACGCCGGCAAGUUCGGCAGCAACCAGUACCUCUGCUACGUGCCGACCUCCGACCGGCCGUGCAGGCGUGCGCCGACGGAGGCCAGCUCGUCAAGGAGGUUGACGACGGUGUUCGCCGCGCUGCUCGUCUCGGCCGUCGUGUUGGCGCUCGCCCUAUGCCUGUGCUGCAACCGGAGGAGCCGCGUCCGCGACUACGACUCCAUCCACCGCAGCGGCAGCGGCAGCGGCGGCAGUGCCAUGGAGGGCCUCGACGAGAGGCCGCCGGUGUAUAUGGUGAAGCAGGCGUCGACGACAGGGAAGCGGAGCGCGUCGUGGCUGGGGAGGAGGACGGGGUCGUCGCUCGGCGGGCACCGGCGGGCCGCGUCGGCCGCGAAGGCGGACGACCUGGGCGCCGGCGGCGCCGGCGACCUCGUCAUCGUGAACAACUGCAAGGGCGCGUUCGGCCUCACCGACCUGAUGAAGGCGGCGGCCGAGGUGAUCGGCAGCGGCGGGCUCGGGUCGGCGUACAAGGCGGUGAUGGCGAACGGCGUGGCCGUGGUGGUGAAGCGCGCCCGCGACAUGAACCGCGCCACCAAGGACGCGUUCGAGGCCGAGAUGAAGCGGCUGGGCGCCGUGCGCCACGCCAACCUGCUGCCGCCGCUGGCCUACCAUUACCGGAAGGACGAGAAGCUUCUGGUGUACGAGUACAUCCCCAAGGGCAGCCUGCUCUACGUCCUCCACGGCGACCGGGGCGUGGACUACGCCGCGCUGGACUGGCCGAUGCGGCUCAAGGUGGCCGUCGGCGUCGCGCGCGGCACGGCGUUCCUCCACACCGCGCUCGCCGGACACGAGGUGCCCCACGGCAACCUCAAGUCGGCGAACAUCCUCCUCGCGCCGGACUUCGAGCCGCUCCUCGUCGACUUCGGCUACUCCGGCCUCAUCAACCACACGCAGUCGGCGAACUCCAUGAUCGCUCACAGGGCGCCGGAGUGCGUCGCCGGCCACCUCGUCGGCGCCAAGGCCGACGUCUACUGCCUCGGCGUCGUCCUCCUCGAGAUCCUCACCGGCAAGUUCCCUUCCCAGUACCUCCACAACGCCAAGGGCGGCACGGACCUCGUCAUGUGGGCGACGUCGGCGAUCGCCGACGGCUACGAGCGGGACCUCUUCGACCCCGCCAUGAUGGCGGCGUGGAAGUUCGCCCUGCCGGACAUGACGCGCCUCAUGCACGUCGCCGUCGACUGCGUCGAGAUGGACGUCGACAAGCGGCCGGACAUGAAGCAGGCGGCGGCGAGGGUGGAGGAGGUGGUGGCCGGGGCGAUGGCCACGGUGAGGGAGAGGCAGCAGGCCGCCGGCGAGAGGCCGGGAGACGCCGCCGGCUCCAGCAGAAGCUCGCAUGCCCAGUACGUGCGAGACGGGUCCAUGCAGCGGAUCACCAGUGUCGGCGAGCGGUCGUCGCGGCGAGGCAGCAACGACUACUCGUACGGCAUCUCGUGAGACGGCGGCCGGCGAGCUGGCCGGAGACAAAUUUUUGCUGCUGAUAGAUGAGGUUCUUCAGCGAAAAAGAGACCAUGCACACAUCCAUCAAUAUGGAAAGCAAAAAAAAAAACAAGUUGGGAG